GAUGAUGGCGGAAGGGGAGCAGCGUUGAGUUUCCUCUGAGUUUUUUAUUCUAACUGUAGAACCCUCUACAACUUCGUUUCUCUCCUCCGAAUCAUAUUCUGAGACGAUGGGGAACGAAGGCAGCAUCGAGGGUGAGGGCCAGCCGGGGCAGCCCGGCUCCGCUGUUCCUUCCCCGGGGGCUCCGACUUCCAUUUCAGCACCAGCAGGCUCUGGACAGCUCAUCAAGCCCAGCAAUGGUGCGCCAACGGGAGGGACGGGGGCCGGACCCGGCCCGGGGAUUAACAGCAUCUCUGGAAGACUCCCCCAGACAGACCCUGGGUCCGGGCCCAAGGCGGGGGUCCAGACUGGGCCUGGGACGGGGGACCGCCUGGCCUCCCAGAGGGAGCAGCAGGGUCAGAGUCAUGUUGCCCGCAAGAACCUCCAGGUGGACGUGGGUAGUAGCAGGACAGGACGGUCCCCAUCGGUGUCCCCCGCCGUCACCCCCACCUCACCCUACUCCGUGCCCCAGAUCGCCCCCAUGCCCAGCAGCAAGCUGUGCCCCGUUUGUAAGACGGCCGACCUGACGGGCACCACGGAGGACAACCAGCCAAACUGCAGCACCUGCACCCAGUGCCGAUCCACGGUGUGCAACCAGUGUGGCUUCAACCCCAACCCACACCUCACCGAGGUCCAGGAGUGGCUGUGUCUGAACUGCCAGAUGCAGAGAGCUUUGGGAAUGGACAUGGAGACACCUCGCUCCAAGAGCCAGCAGCAGAUCCACUCUCCUUCUCACCAAGCCAAACCAGAGCCCAUCUCUGAACCUCAGCCCCAGGUCCAACCUCAGCCCCAGGUCCAACCUCAGCCCCAGGUCCAACCUCAGCCCCAGCCCCAAGCCCCACCUAAGGCACAGCCUCUAACCCAGCAUCAGGCUCCGACACAGGCCCAGCCUCCACCGGGCCCUAACAGACAGACUGGUCCAGGCCCGGGGCAGACCCCUCAGCAGCAGAGAAGUCCAGGGGGCCCUGCUCCAGCCCAGGGUCAGGGUGGGGCUCGUCUCCCCCCAGGAGCUGUCCCUCUCCCAGGUAUGGCCAAAGCUCCAUCCCAGCCUGACCUCCGUGGCUCCCCUGCCCACCAGCCCCUGCCCCUCCGCCAGGACCACACCCGUAGUGCAGGGAGCUCCCCGUCCCGCCAGCCCCCACCCCCGGCCGCCGCCCCCGAGCAGACCUUUGGGAAGCUGUUUGGAGGCUUCGGUGGCUUCGGUGCCUCCCUCCUCAACCAGGCCAGCACCCUCAUAUCAGAUAACCCAGUAGCUGCUCCGCCACAGCCCCAACAGCCCCCCAAACCUGCCCCCAAACCAGCCGGACCCCAGGGAGCUGCAGCUGGGGCUGGGAAACCACUAGGAACUCAUCCAGGCCAACAGGGACCCCACGCACCCCAACAGGGACCCCACGCACCCCAACAGGGACCCCACGCACCCCAACAGGGACCCCACGCACCCCAACAGGGAUCCCACGCACCCCAACAGGGACCCCAGCAGCAGGCCAAAGGUGCCUGCUGUCCCCUGUGUAAGACCAGUCUCAACGUGGGGGUGACGGGCGAGCCGGCCAACUACAGCACCUGCACCCAGUGUCACGCCCAGGUCUGCAACCUGUGUGGAUUCAACCCUGCACCCCAUCUGGAGAAUAAAGAAUGGCUCUGCCUGAACUGCCAGACCCAGAGAGCUUUGUCUGGGGCCCUGGGAGACACUCCACUUCCUGCUCCUCAGCCAAUGGGAUCCCCACGGCACCCGGCUCCAGCCAAUCAACCACAGCCUCAGCAGAGAGGGCCCAAUCAGCAGGCAGGGCUACGGCCCACUGGUCCUCAACAGCAACAGAAACCACCGGGUGCCCAAGUAAGUGGCCCUCCUUUCUCCCCUGCCAAACAGGCAGGGCCCACCGCCCAAAGCAAGGGGCCUGCUCAACCGUCCCCUGCCAAGGCACAACCCUCCCCUGCUAAAACAGCCCAGUCUUCACCUGCUAAGGGUGAACCCUCCCCAGCCAAACAGACAGGACCCACCACCCAGAGUAAGGGUCCUGCCCAGCCCUCCCCUGCCAAGGGCGCAUCCUACCCUGCCAAACAGACAGGACCCACCACCCAGAGUAAGGGUCCUGCCCCGCCCUCCCCAGCCAAGAGCGCACCCUCCCCUGCCAAACAGACAGGACCCACCACCCAGAGUAAGGGUCCUGCCCAGCCCUCCCCAGCCAAGGGUGCACCCUCCCAUACUAAAACUGCAUCCACCCCUAGCAAGGGUGCACCCUCUCCUGCUAAGGGUGCACCUACCCAACCUAAACCCAACCAGAGUGUACCCAACAAGCAGUCUGGUAAGCAGCAGCAGGGCCAGGAGAAAACUAAAGUCACCACCAAAACUCAAAAGGAAGCAGAAGUCAAAGCCUCGCCCAAGAAGGGAGCACCUGAGACCAUCACCACAUCAAAAGAUGAAAGGAAAAAACCUGCUGGAGACUCGCAGAAGUCAAAGCACCAUGACUAUUCCAACAAGUCCAGCACACAGAGCCUCAGUGACACGGGCUACUCGUCAGAUGGGAUAUCCGGCUCCAUGGGCGAGAUCACAGGCCAGAUCCAGGAGGAUCCGGGGUUGAAGCUGAGUGAACGAGGCCCCUCUAGCCCCUCUGAGAUAACCAAGCUGGAGAGCUCCAUGCGGCCGCUGCUAGAAUCAAAGUCCAAGGAGGCUGCAGACCAGGGCCGGGGGAGGCCUCACUCUCUGUCCAUUGGCCAGGACGAGGAGUACAACUCGGAUGGGGAAGUGUCGGACGAUCUCAGCUCAAAGCUGCGACACGACUAUGUGGAGGACAGCAGCGAGAGUGGUCUGUCCCCCUUACCGCCCAGGCAGAAGAAGUCCCAUAAAGAAAUGACAGAUGAGGAGUUCAUGAGGAGGCAGAUCAUGGAAAUGAGUGCUGACGAGGAUGAGAUGGAGGAGGAAGAAGGGUACGGCUACCAGAAAACAAAAAACAAAAAGGAUUUGGGGAAGGAGAAACGACGCAGCCUCACCCACCAUUCCAGUAGUUUUGAAGAGGACACUAAGGGUGCUGAUGGUGAAGAAGACGAAGGUAUGAUGGCUUCCCAAGGAGGCCUGCGGCGGUUUAAGACCAUCGAGCUGAACAACUCAGAGCAUGACCUCAGAGAGCCAGAGCUGGAGAUGGAGAGCCUGACUGGAUCACCAGAGGAGCGGUCGAGGGGGGAGUAUUCCUCCACCCUACCUGCCACCACUCCCAGCUACACCUCUGGCACGUCCCCUACCUCUGUGUCCUCCAUGGAGGAUGACAGUGACAGCAGCCCCAGCCGCAGGCAGAGACUGGAAGAAGCCAAGCAGCAGAGGAAGGCUCGCCACCGCUCCCAUGGCCCACUCCUGCCCACCAUUGAGGACUCAUCCGAGGAAGACGAGCUGAGGGAGGAAGAGGAGCUUUUGAGAGAACAGGAGAAGAUGAGAGAUCUGGACCUGCAGAGGAUCCGCAGCACAGCCAGGAAAACUAAGAGAGACAAAGAGGAGCUGAGGGCCCAGAGACGUAGAGAGAGAUCCAAGACUCCGCCCAGCAACCUCUCUCCCAUCGAGGAUGCAUCCCCAACAGAGGAGCUGAGACAGGCAGCAGAGAUGGAGGAGCUCCACAGAUCCUCCUGCUCAGAAUACUCCCCUUCCAUGGAUUCAGAGGCAGAGGGCUUUGAAAUGAUGGGCUCCAAGCUCUACAAAUCAGGAAGCCACCACAACCUACCCACGUUCAUGUCUCUCUACUCCCCCACUGAAAAACCUACUGCCACUUCACCGUCUGACAAGACACUGAAAAGUGCAGAGGAGGUUUAUGAAGAAAUGAUGAGGAAAGCAGAGAUGCUGCAGCAGCAGCAGCAGGGACAGCCAGGAAGGCCAGGUCAACAACAAGGAAGUCCACAAAGGCAACCGGCUGGGGCACCUCAGCCUGGCAAUAAACAACAUCUAGACACUGGAGCUUCCCUAACACCUGGCUCCAGCCCCACACAGAUCUCUGCACCUGUUUCCUUCUCCUCAAACGACCCACGUGGGUCUGGACGAGGAAUCCCCCAAGGAAUCAGUGUGACACAGCAUCUAUCGAAAGAAACCCAAGACAGGAUGAGGACGCAGACUGCCAAAAUAGGGGGUGUUAUCCCCCCGGCAGCUGGAAGACCAGGUACUCAUGGACCAGCACAGGGGGUGCCUCUUCCUGACCCUGGAGUGCCCUCCAUCGCAUCCUCCCUCUUCUCCUAUUUUAAAGGCCCCAGUCCUCCUGUUUCCCCUGCUCCCUCUCCCUCACAGAGCCCCAUUCAUUCCCCGUCCCCACGACCCACAGGGCCUGGGGUGUCCCCACGACCCUCAGGGCCUGGGGUGUCCCCACGACCCACAGGGCCUGGGGUGUCCCCACGACCCACAGGGCCUGGGGUGUCCCCACAAACCACUGGGCCUGGGGGGUCCCCACGACAUUCUCAACCUGGCGCUGGUGGCCCAACCUCCCCAAUACCGCCACAACAACAUGGAGCCCAGACGCCACAAAGAUCAGCGUCGCCACGCCUUGCAAGACAACAGUCCUCUUCCGACUCACCAGUAAUGGUGAUAACUCUGGGCUCUGAGACCACCACUAGUUCAGCAAAGCCUUUAACUGUAAACUCUUCCACUUCGCCCCUGUCCUCGCCAACACAGGGUGUACGUCAGCCCAUGUAUCAGCAACAUACUCCUUCAACAAGCUCCCCAACAUUCACACAAAUGCACCCACUGCACCAAACCCCUCAACCCGGUUUACAGAGGCCCCAAACUGCAGAGAGGGUUAAUGUUGGUAUGAGCAUGACAAUGACAACCACAGCUACCACAUACAGUCGUGGGUCAAUGUCAAUGGAAAAUAUCUCCCUAUGUAGAAUCUCCAACGUUCCAGGUACCUCUAGGGUCGUGGAGCAGGGCCAAAUUCAAAUGCAUCCGACUGGACUUGCAUCUGUGGUGGACCUGAGAGCACCAAUGAAGCCUGCCCCAAUCAUCAUGACUGACCAGGGCAUGGAUCUAACGUCUCUGGCAACUGAUACAAGGAGGUAUUCUCUCGAUGCUGAACAACCACCCAGCCGUCACACAGCGGUGCAGGACCUGAAUGCAGCCAUGAACCUGAAUGCACAAGAGCAGCCGCAUGUGUCUGCGUCCACUCCAACAACAGUCACCGUGGCAGCCUCCAUGUUUAUAUCUCAGCCGAAGGGGCAUCCAGUGGUUUACGGAGAUCCCCUUCAGAACCGUAUGGAUCUGGGGCAAGGUGUGGGAUCAGCAAUGUGUCUUACACAAACUAAGACACCCAUCACUGACCCGUCCAUUCCUAAGAUUGACGCAUGUCUGGAGGAUUUGGGCAUCCAGCAGCAGCAACUCCAGAUGCAGCAGCAGAAGCUCCUACAGCAACAACAGCUCCUCGAGCAACAGCUCCAGCAGCACCAGCAGUCCUCUUUCGCUCGCUAUAACCUAGCAAACCAGGUCCAGCCGCUGUUGCUGAAGAAAGACCUGGUGGUGAGCCAGACAAGCAUUGGCAUUGCUCAGCCUGUGGUCAGUGUCAGUGCAAUUCCUAGAGUAUCUCCCUUACCUCCUCAGCCAGUGUCUGUGGCUCCACCUUCCUCUAACACUCUGCAUGACUAUUGUCAGGGUGGGCUUGCUUUGGAGUUGAAGAACAAGCCCACGGUCAUGAACCUGUCCACGGGAAAGCCCCAUGUCAUGAUGGUCCAACUGGAAGACCGCAAUACAUCUCAGGUGGCCACAGUGACUCAGCUGGUCAAAGAGCCUCCUCCUCCUCCCCAGGUCCUGGAUCUCACUGGUGGACAGAUGCAGAAACCAGAGAACCAAGUGGCUUGUUGUGACGUUGUUUACAAGUUACCCUUCACUGGUAGUUGUGCAGGGAACUUAACUCAGAAAAAUCUUACCACUGAACCUUCCCAAGUCACCCUUCCACCCCCUGCCCCACAUUACAGUGUAAGCCAGCAGCAGCAGCAGCAGCAGCAGCAACAACAGCAGCAGCAGCAACAGCAGCAGCAACAGCAGCAGCAACGUCAACAACAGCAACAGCAACAUCAUCAUCAUCAACAACAACAACCUGGAAAUAUUGGCUACCAGACAUCAAGCAUGCAAGGAGCACCAGAGGAGCUUAAACCAAUGCAGGGAGUCCCUCCAUACCCUAUACCCCCUGGAGGGAGACUUCAACCUUCAAUGUCUGACACCAACCUGUCUAAUGCAGGGCUUCAGUACUAUCAGAGGACUGACCCUGGGGACUUGGCUGUGGAUCUGAGCACCAUGAAUCAAACCUACGAAGGAGGAUAUCUUGGCAUGGGUGCGCAGUAUGGAUCCUACACAGACUUACGUCAUGAAGGAGAUGUUACAGGUCCUCCCUUACCCCUGCGAAGAUACGGCUCCAUGUCCAACAUCAACCAAGACUAUGGCUAUGGUCAGGCAGGUUUACCAGACGCUAACCUGGCACAGUAUAGUGCCACCACUGCCAGGGAGAUCAGCCGAAUGUGUGCAGCUCUGAACUCUAUGGAUCAGUUUGGUCAACGGUACAGCAACCCUGACAUGAUGCAGUAUGGUGCUGGAAGAGGAGCAGGCCCUGCAGCCAGGCUCAACCUACAGCAAAGUUUAGCAUCAAUCCGAGCCAACCUACUCUAUGCCCCUGACGGCAGGCCCACUGCACACGGCCAAGCCCUAACCAAUCUGAUCAAUGCCAGACAAGCAAGCAUACGGGCCUUAUAUCCAUCUGCAAUGAGAGGAGCUGAUGGCAUGACAUACUCCACCAUCAACAGCCCAAUAGCCUCUACCUUGCCAAUAACCACUCAACCUUCCUCUGUUCUGCGACCCAUGCCACGAGGAAUAUACCGACCUUACCCUGCAGGCGUGACUGCUGUACCACUGGCUAGCCUCACUAGGUUGCCUCAUGUGACCCCAAGGAUGCCUCUGUCUACACAGGGACCUUACGGUUACGCUUCUCCCAACCAGUUUCCUACAACAGCGGGUGUUCCUGGAAAUGUACCUGACACAAGCACCUCCACCCAGGAAGCUCCUGUCUACCUUGGGAAGCCUAUGGAAACCGUCGCUGUGCACACAGCUGUAACUUUACCACCGGCCCACCCGGUUUCUCAUAUGGGUGGACAGAUUGUACAAACUACUGCAAUGGCAAUUCAGUCUGCAAACCAACAGACCCCCCAAACUCAUAUCCAAGUGCAGAAAGUUACGACACACCCCCUUACACAAACUCAAAUGCAAGCCCAAAUACAGCAACAAAUGCAGUCCCAAAUACAGCAACAAAUUCAAACUCAAAUGCAACAACAAAUACCCACUCAAACUCAAGCUUUAUCCCUGACUCAAACCCAGUCCCAGCUAAUAACUCAGCCUCAGCCCCAGGCUCUAGUGCAGCACCAAACUCAGCUGCAGCCCCAGACCACACUCCAGGCUGCAGCAGCCAGCACCACCAUUGCUACUUCCGUAGACCCAGAGCUAGAAAAGGUAGAAGAGCGUUUGAGACAGCAGCAAGAGCAGAUGCUGCAGAUGGAGCGAGAGCGUGUGGAGCUGGAGAAACUUCGGCAAAUGCGCCUGCAUGAGGAACUGGAGAGAGACCGCAUGGAGCUCCAGAGGCACAGGGAGAAAGAACAGAUGUUGGUGCAGCGCGAGAUUCAGGAGCUGCAGACCAUCAAACAGCAAGUCCUGCAUCAGCAGCAAUCGGAAAGGGAGACCCAGCUGGUCAUGCAGAGGGAACAGCUAGCCCAGCAGAGGAUGCAACUGGACCAGAUCCAGUCGCUGCAGCAACAGCUCCAGCAGCAGUUGGAGGAGCAGAAGAGGCAGAAGACUGCAGUGGUGGAGGCAGCAGCUGCAGCCGCAGCAGCCGAGGCAGCUGCUGCAUCGGCAGCAGCAGCUGCUACAGCCACUACUGCUCAAGGGUUAGUAGUUGGAGGAGGAACCCCACAAGGUUUCAUCAUCUGUGACCAGAGUGGUAGGGUGAUUCAACAGGAGGGCCAAAGUGUGCAGUUCUGGCAACCCCACAUGGAAGGGCAGGUGGUCCAAACAGUGGUGACCCCAAGGCCUAUACCUAGCUCUGCCUCUGAGAUGUCCUUCAGAAAUAGUGAGGAUCAGGCGGAGUCCAGGGUCAUGAAGAAGCGGAACUCCAUGCCUCGUCUUAGGGACGAAGCAGAGGAGGAGCCAGUGAGGAGGAUUGCAGAUAGCUGUGUGCAGACGGAUGAUGAAGAUGGUGAGGACAGGUAUAUGAACCGUAGGGGCAGGAGAACCAGGCGCAUCGCCGACUGCAGCGUCCAGACAGACGACGAGGAUCAAGCAGAGUGGGAGCAACCGGUUAGGCGCAGGAGGUCACGCUUCUCCAAGCACUCAGACUCUAGUGCGGAGGUCAAAUCCGACGGAAUCUCCAAAGUGUCCUCCUCUAGCAUAGCCAUUCAGACCACCAACGACUCCUCAUGCCAGACUGAGACAGACCAGUUGGGCAGGGUCUCACCUGCAAUCCACAUCACUGCGGCUGAGACAAACAAGGUGGAGCUACUACACUACAUCUCUGCUCCUGAGAGAACCCAUAAGGGUGAGAGCUUGGCCUGUCAGACCGAACCAGAGGUCCAGUCUCAGGGGGUGGUGGCCCCUCAGCUCAGUGUCCCCACCACCAUCAGCCCAUACUCCACCACCAUGCAGAUGGUAGGCUCCACCCCAUCUCCUCCCCAAGGGGUGGCCAAGUUUGAAAGGAGGAAACCCGAUCCUCUGGAUAUCGGCUACCAAGGCCAGCAGCAGAACGAGUCACCAUCUCGCCAGCCUCCCAAGUCUCCUCAGGUGCUGUACUCCCCUGUGUCCCCACUGUCACCCCAUCGGAUGCUGGAGACCACCUUCACCUCCCAGGAGAAACUCAACAAGGCGCACGUCACACCCCAGCAGAAAGCCUUCACUGCCGAGUCCCCUCAGCGUCAUCAGAGCCUCCCCAGGCCCAUCAAGAGUGUGCAGCGCUCCAUGUCAGACCCCAAACCCCUCAGCCCCACCUCAGAAGACCCUGCCAAGAACAGGUUCUCACCGUAUCAUCAGCAGGCCCUCUCCAACAGUCAGCUCCAGAUGGCCACCCUGCAGCAGCAGCAGCAGAACUCUCUGAUGAGAAAGGUGAAGAGGACCCUGCCUAGCCCUCCUCCAGAAGAAAGCCCUCUCCCCAUCGUCACCCCAGCCAUGUCCCACAUGUACAGCAGCCCCCCGGGGAUGCAGCCCCAGAGGGUGCUGCCAAGGCCUGCCCAGGGAGUCACUAAGGCUGGCCUGCUGAGCGAGCUGAAGGCCGUGGAGCAGGAGUCUACCAAGCUCCGCAAGCAGCAGCAGGAGUUGGAGGAGGAGGAGAAGGAGAUUGACGCCAAGCUGCGGUACCUGGAACUGGGCAUCCAUCAGCGCAAGGAGACCCUGGUGAAGGAGAGGGAGAGGAGGGAGCUGGCCUACAUGCGCUGCAUGGGCGACGCCCGUGACUACAUGUCGGACACCGAGCUUAACAACCUGAGGAUGGUUGCGGCCACGGGGACAUUCGAUGGUAACGGUCUGCUGACGAGGCCUAGUACGGCGCCUCUGAGCCAGUUCACCAACGACCUCGGCCCAGCCUCCCAGUACCCGCCCACCUCCUCCUACAUGGCCUAUCAGUACGCACAGAGCCAGCCCACGCCCACACAGCAGCCAACUGCUACUUACCAACAGAUCGGUUUCCAGCCCCCUCAGUACCCAACAGCUGGCCAGCCCCAGCCAGGCACCUUCCAGCCACACCCACCCCAAGGCCCAGGUUACCAGACCCAGCCAGGCUACCCAGCACACGGGGGCUAUGGCCAGCCAUCCUACCAUACAGACCUGGGCAUGCAGCAGCAUAGCCACCAGGGUUUCCAGCCUCCCAACCCCUCUAUCCCAGGCCAACACCUCCCCUACCCAGGCCAGAGCCCCUAUCCCGGCCAGGGGAUGUCCUAUCAGCCCCAGGCUGAGAUCCUUACUGUCCACCAGAGGCCUCGUCAGACCUCCCUGGCCGACCUGGAACAGAAGCUGCCCACCAACUACGAGGUGAUCAGUAACCCUGCCGUCUCGGUGGCCACAUCAGCUCCAGACACCUGCUUUGGCUCAGUCUAUGCCUCUAACACCAUGCCCAACGCCUACGGGCAGUACCGCCCCCCGGAACCUGUGCUGACCCACGGCGUGGACAGCCCCACAUCAGCCUAUGCUGCAGACGGCCUCUACACCUCCAACCUGGAGCAGAAUAUCCCCAGGAACUACGUCAUGAUUGACGACAUCAGCGAGCUGACCAAAGAGAACACGGGCCCUGCUGUUGAUGCUCUUGGCCAUCCAAUAGGAGGACGUUACGGUGAGAACGGCCCCGUGCGCCAGACUGGCUACGGCAAUGAGCCUGUGGACCCAUACAUGCCUGCAGGCACCACAGGCUACCACCAGCAGGGCGCUGUGGACCCCCGGACCAGCACUACUGGGGGAUCUUCUUAUUACUAUGACGACUAUAAUAAACACCCCAGCACAACACGUCCAGGGGGCCCAGGGCCCCAAAAACACCCAUCCAAGAACCUGGCCCCUGCUGUGGUCUCCUCCGGUAAGCGCAGCAAGCACAGGAAGCAAGGCAUGGAGCAGAAGAUCUCAAAGUUCUCCCCCAUCGAGGAGGCACGGGACGUGGAGUCUGACCUGGCCUCUUACACCAUGACCACCUCUACCGGCGGCAGCUGCACCGUGGUGUCCCGGUCCGGGGUGAAGAAGAGCGGCUACGACCAGCAGAAGUACUAUGGCGGCCAGCCGGGAAGCCGGGAAGCCCUGGAAGAGGAAGACCGGAUGUACGGCUCGGGGAGAUCCCGGUCUACAGGCUACGGCAUGGACAAGAUCUCCUCCAGGGACUCCUCAGGCUACAGGAGCAAGUCCUACGAAAGGGACGCCUUGGAGCGGUCUCAGAGAGGCAACCGCGGUGGACGGAACUCAGAGGAGGAGAGCCCCCUCAGCCCCGUGGGGAAGCCUGUGGGGAUCGGACGAGGCGGCACUGGGGUACCAGGGGAUCCCCAUGACGUGAGGAACCAGUAUGGCUCCAGCCACUCCCUGCCGGACGUCCAGGAUCACCACAUGAAGGACCUGCCCAGGAGCCACGUAUACAAACCAGAUGACUCAUACCUUGUAGACGACAUGCACGCAGCUGUGUCGGACAGCGAAGCCUAUCAUCUGGGUCAGGAGGAGACAGACUGGUUUGAGAAGCCGAGGGAGGCUCGCGCCAACCGCUCCAGACACCACGGGAGUGCAGGACACAUCUCCACAGGUAGACAACAGACCGGCGCCAACGUGAAGCACACCUACCAUGACUACGACGAGCCCCCCGAGGAGCAGGACCUGUGGCCUCAGGAUGAGUACAACAACCAGCCUCGCCACCCCUCGUCCACCUCAUCAUCCCGUGACCACCGUGGUUACCAUGGCAGUAGCGGCGGCAGUUCGGGGAGGCACUCAUCUUCCCGCCACUCUGGCGAGGAGCCCCGGUCGUCCAGCCGCUCCUCCAGAGCACACCCCAAAGACCCAUCCGCCCGCUCUGAGAGCCGUGGAUCCUCCUCCACCCAGAAGAGGGGAGGCUCGGAACCCCGUUCCUCCCGGGAGGGCUACCGGGAUCGGGACUCUGGGGACUACUCCUCCCGUGAUCCGGCCUCUGGACACCACCGCGAGGGCACCGGGGGCAGGGGUCAGAGGCCGCCGGGCUCGUCUUCCAGGAGACUGGAGGGGGUGCCCACUGCAGGGGCCAAGCAGGGCCAGGGGCAGCAACCCCAGGGUGGUCCAGGGGGGCCCCAGCAGCAGGGGCAGCGUUCCAGUGGGCAGUCCCAGUCAGGCAGACAGCCUGGGUCCCAGGGGCCAGACGGGGGACAGCCAGCCCAGCAGCCUGGCCAGCAGCAGCAACGCACCCAGCAGCAGCAGCAGCAGCCCCUGCAGCAGAGCCAGCUUCCUCAGACCACUGCUGGUGGGCCUCAGGCCAAUCCAGGGACCGUAGGGCCAGGUCCCAUAGCAGGACCAGGGACAGGACCAGGGACAGGACCAGGUACAGGACCAGGGGCAGGACCAGGAGCAGCACAGCACCAGGAUAAACCUGUCCAGACUCCGGCACAAGGCCGGCAGCCAGUUGGACCCGCCACAGGCCAGUCACCAACCACAGUCGCGACCCCUGCUACACCUGCAGCAGCCAUUGGGGGGGUGAAACCUGCAGCAGCGAUUGGAGGGGCAGCAGCAGCACAGCCUCCCAAGACAGUCACACCCCCCCUCACAGGCAUUGGCUCUAAAGCAGCCCCUCCUGGAGGGAUAGGUAGCAGGCCUGGAGGGAUAGGUGGGAUCGGCAGUGCAGCGGCAGGCCAGCCUCCAGCGGACGGGGGAAACGUUCUCACCAAUAUCCUGGGAGGGGCGGGAGGGGCUGCCGAGCAGGCAGGGAAACUGGGUGAUGCUAUUUCUGGCCUCGGCAAGAAGUUCACUUCGUUUUGGUGAACGGAAGAGAGGAGGGGUAUGAGGACUUGAGAUGGAGAGGGAUUGGAGGCUUGGUACUGGAAAAACCUAUGAAACUGUUUACGCCAUUUUAUACAUUUCACUAUCACAAGGAAACGGAGGAGGAGGGAAGAGGGAGGGUACCUGAGCGCAUCAGGCUGGAAUCAAAGGAUGCCUGGUCAGCACUGAACUCCCCAGACAUGAGCACACAACAUGAUCAGAAUUAGAAUGGGUGGAUGCUUUGUCAGCACUGGCUGGGAUCUCCAGACAUGAGCAGAGGAUGGAGGAGAGGACAAAGUGGAUGGAUAUCAAGUCAGAGCGGGGGUCCCAAGCAUGAGCAGAGGAUGGAGGAGAGGACAAAGUAGAUGGAUAUCAAGUCAGAGUGGGGGUCCCAAGCAUGAGCAAACUAUUCAAGAGAAACUUCUGCUGCUGCCUCUGCUGGCUAUACACCAACAGAAUGCCAGGGAGAGCCUGCCUCACAGCUCCCGUAAGAGAGUGAAAAAGACAGAUCGAAUCCUCACCUCCCUGUCGGUUGUCUGCUUACUGAGAGAUAUAACUCCGGAUCCAGGUACAGGACAGGGAGCUGUCACACACCUUAGGCUUGGCUUCAGCAUCUCUCAGCUCAAGGGGACAGCAACGGAGGAUGCUGAUUUUUCAUCUGAAUGUCUUGUAUCACUCGCUGAGGUUCUCCUGUUGGAAAACCAGGCCAGAUGGGAGCGAUUGUAGUUGAGGGAAGCUUCAUAGUGCCCUCUACAGGGCAUUAAGGGGAAGUCACUCUGUCUGAGGAGUCCACAUCUGACCACAAUCUACUCAGGUCAAGUCCCAAAUGACACCCUAUUCCCUAUUUAGUGCACUACUUUCGACCAGGGUCCUUUGGGCUCUGGUCAAAAGUAGUGUAUUAUAUAGGAAAUAUAUAGGAAAUAGGGGACCAUUUGGGAUGCAGAGUCUGUCUGAGGAGUCCACAUCUGACCAGAAUCCUUCAUGACCCCACGCUUUUGUGCCCAAAGGGCCUUUUUUUUUUUUUUACAGCAUCACCAUUAUAACGCAAUGGAGGAGGUCGACAGAGGUACACAGCUCAUAGGUUUUACUAGUACCAAAGAGAACUUCUUCGCUAACUAUGACACUCGAACUACUACACCGGAGGAGGCAAGACGUUACUACGGCGACAGACAAAACAAACAAACAAUUCCCUGUUAUUAAACCCUUGAAUGCUUGGUUUCUAUGAUCUCUACAUUCCAGUAUAGGGAACGAUGACCCUUUCUUUGAAUGUGUUUUCAUUUCUCGUCCACCUGUUGUGAUGAUAUGAUGUCUCCAGAAUGCAACAUGUACGUUGUGGACAUGGGAAUGCACGCACAAUAAUAAUAAUCGAAUAGAAACCCAUAUCUUCUCAAUACUUUUCCCCACCACCGUGUCCAGAAGAGGGGCCACUAGACAUUACUCGACGAGUAGGAUCACGAGAGGUGGAGGAGCUACCAGUGGUGCCCCACCAAUGAGAGUGUGAGAUCUACACAGAAGAGAGAACCAAACGGAGCGCAAGUAAGCGUGGCCACGGCUGUUUUUUUGUUUGUUUGUUAGCCAUCACAAAGCCAUCAGUUGUCAGUCCCAGAGCACUUUGGGACUUUGUUGUUGUUUCGUUUAUUUUUUAUGAUCUAUUUGUUGAUUUAUUUUCAUCUUGUUUAGUUUCUUAUCAUUUCUGCCUGGUAUUUUUUGGGGGAAAAGAAGAGCCUUAUUCGGUCCAUAUUUUUUACUUGUAUACCUCAUAUGUUUUGAAAUGUCCAUAUCAUACCUUUCUUAAUUUAUUUUUUUGCACAAAUGUAUACUACUGUAUGUAUAUACAUCUAGCUAGAACACUGAUAAUGUAAAUGAUUCAUUUGUGUAUUUAUUAAUUUAUGUGACUUCUGUAUGUUUUUCUUUGGUAAAUCUAUUUAUAUUUGAAUGGUCUAUGGUUUUCUUAUUAAUUAUCUCGUGUUUGAAUAAUUUGCUGGUUGAUUUUUAAAAGCAAUAGCAUGCAGAAAACGUUAUACAGCACAAUGGUGUUAAUGUUGUUUAAAUUCGUGCUUGGGGAUAUCUGAGACAUGUUGAAGAACAUCAGUAAAUGUGUCUGAGAGAGUUGCAUAACCACACAUACACAUAGGCAUUUACGCUAACCCGCACACGCACACACACACACACACACACACACACACACACACACACACACACACACACACACACACACACACACACAGGAUUGGUUGGAAGCAAUCAUCAUUUCAAAUGUUCUAUGCAAUGAUUCAUUUUGAAACUGGAAAAGACUCCAAAAAAGUUUAAUAUCAUGAUGACCAAUGUUACUCACACGACUCCCAACAUCAUUGUGAACUGAAAAACGUCAGAAAACGGUUAUGAACAUGUUUGUACUUGUAUGUAUGGAUCUUAAUAUUGAACUAUUGAAUCUAGACUUGUUUUUAUUUUUGUGGCAUGUUUAAUAGUACCCCAUCACUCCCCAUACGGGGGACUUGUUGCCAAAGGGUUAACUGUAUAGACUGUCAGUCAUGAAUGUCCAACAUCUUGUUGCUAGAAGCAUGGGUUUGCUUGGCUUCGUCCGGCUGUUUGUAUGACCUCGUUAAGUCUUGGUGUGUGUGUGGCUUGACCAGGUUUCCACUGUGCCGUGGCGUGUUCGGCUUACAGUGACUGUCCAAUCCGUGCUGCUAUACAAACCUGUGAUGCAGUUGGUCAAGAAAUUCUCCAUGUAAAAUGUAAUUGUGCGUAUUACGGUCGGUGUAUAAUCUGAAGAGAGGGCGGGAGGUGGGGGGGGGGUUAGUUUCUGGUAUCUGAUUGGUUGAUCAGACCAUCCAAGAAAUAGAACUGUUUCGUAUGCCUCACUGCAUAUCGGGAUGGCUUCAUGUGGUAAUAUAUGAUGUGGGAAACAACAUUAAAGUGCUUUGAAGCCACUAAAAGGUACAUUUACAGAACAACAAAUCAAGGUAUUAUUUGUAGUUGGAGGAACAAUGGGGGAAAUCCUUUCCUCCACUUACUCGUGCAUUCAUUUCACUGGGAGACUAAGUGAAAAUGUGACUUAAAUUGAUGUUAAGAUACACCCUUAAAUGAACAGAAGCACGUCUAGAACUCAAUCAGUGAACCGCUGAACCUUCCAUAUCCAAGGCCAACCUAGAGGGAACCUCCAGGGAACCUAGAGGGAACCUACAGUACUGUCAGUCAAGUCCGAGAGACUCGACAUGCUGCUGACCCCAAGCCUGUCAUUUACCAAAUCAGGGCACGUUAUAAUGAAAGCACAAGCCUGACUGGUUACAGUUUGUCACUAUACUGUCUGUAAAGACACAGAAAUAUGACACACCAAUAGGAAAUGUGUUGACAAUUUCAAGGCGAGGUAAAAACAAAUCAAGUAUCUCAUGUCAUUAAUAUGAAUGAGUGUGGGUAGAAUGAAUCACAGAGGGUCCUUAGUGGUGGUUCGGUAUAGACAGAUGCAUGCUCACCAUCUUCAUGGAGACGUUGUGGUCGAUAAGAGAAGAGGUGCAUGUGACAGAACAGCCAUCACUGACUGUAGCCGUCCAGCGAGACACAAGGACAGACAGACAGACAGACAUUGUCACUGUAAAUACAGAUGGAUUCUUCUGUACAGCGUUUGAGUUCAUAGUAAGGCCGUCUUGUGCAUCCCCCACGCUGUACUUGCUGCCAACUUUUUGUGCUUUUGUGCAUAAUAUAAUAUUUAUUAUGAUUAAAUAUUAUGAUUAUAAUGAUGAAAUGGGCGGUGUAUGUGACUGUUGGCAAAAGGGGAACAACUUGUAUUCAGAAAACAUAUCUGGUCUCUUUAGAGUUUCUAUACAUAUUGUGUUUGUAAAACAAGGAGAAAUACCUCCAUGGCAAAAGUUUAUCCAGGCGUUCUAUUGUCAUUCUAUCGGGAGGUUUCAAAGGUGAUGGGACAUGAUCCGCUAAUUAAAAAAAAAAAAGAGAGAUUGAAAUAAGAGGAAAACAGGAAAGAGAAAAUGCAACAAAAAAUCCAGAAAAAGUCUUAACUCAAGUCAUUCACUGUUGUAAGUGCAAUGGGCGAAACAUCAGUCGUGUAUCCAUUGUGAAACCUUGUGUUCUAUUCAGUGUAUUCCUGUAAACAGAUAGAGUAACAUUUUGGUGCAUCAUGUCAUGUAAUGUGAUUAAUGAAAAUAAUGACCCUGCAUUUGUUUCCAAUCAGGAAAAAGAAUAAAGAGAAAAUGAGAAUUGU